UUGCAAGGUCAUGGAGGAACCAUAUAUAAAGUCAAAGAGUUCGAAGAAGAAGAAGAAGAAGGCCCAAACAGUUGACGAGACUCGCGAUUGUCUUACUGAAUUGCCAGAUCCUUUACUUCACCUUAUUCUUUCAUACUUAACAAUGAAGGAAGUAAUCAGGGCAAGUGUUUUGGCAAAGAGAUGGAGAUAUAUAUGGUUAUCUAUCACUUGUUUAAAGUUUUCACCAAUGAAAAAGCAAAAAUACAAAGAAGUAGGUUUCAUCAAUCGAACUUUGCUUCUUCACAAGGGUCCCAAAAUUCAGAAGUUCGACAUCACUUUCGACUACAACGGCGCACACGCUCACCAAGUUGAUUCGUGGAUCCACUUUGCCAUAGCACGCGAUGUAAAUGAACUCUACCUUGAUUUCCCCUGUAAAAGGAGGCAUCGCUAUGAGUUGCCUACCUUUAUAUUCAGCUGUAAAUCGCUGACGGUUUUGACGCUGAAAAAUUGCAUUAUAAACUUCCCGACCAACUUCAACCUCAUUUCGCUUAAAAUCCUUUCACUUGAGGGAAUCUACUUGAUUGGUGGGGCUAUUAAUGAUUUGAUAUCUUCGAGUCCAAUUCUUGAAUAUUUGUCUCUGACAAAUUGUGAAAGCAGAACCGAUCUCAAUCUCUUUAUCUUUAAAGCCAGUAUGAAAACCUUAAAGAUACAUGAAAGUUAUACUUGGAAUUCAGAUUCCAAGUUAGAUGUUUAUGCUCCAUUUGUUGUUUCCUUUGAACUCGUUACGAGCUUGUCUAGGAAAAACUAUGUCAUCAAGGAAUUGCGAUCUCUUGAAAGUGCAAGCUUUGAUUGCGAUGGAAUGCCUGGUUUGAAAUUCAAUGAAGAUGAUAGGAGGCGAACCAUUGUUCAGAUUCUUGAUGAAGUUUGUCAUGUUAAAGAGCUUAGAUUAUGUAGCUGCUACAUUCUGGCUCUGUCCAGUGGUGAAGGUCAAGAUUUUAUAACCUUUGCUGUCACAUGUCUAAGGAUAAAGACAGGGUUGACAAAAUGGGAGUUAACAGGAAUUGACUACAUGCUGAAACAUUCACCAAAUAUUGAGACUCUGAUCAUUAGUAUCGACAAGAAUGAAGGAAAAAAGGUGACUUGGUUUUUUUCUUUUUUUCCCAUUUUUAGUUUAUUUUACUUAGAUUUGUUGAAGAGAUAGUAGUUUCACAAUUUGCAGCCAAAUGACAAGUCAAAUUAUAAAUUUAAUUUUGGAGAUGGAGAAUUCUGGAAACUGCAGGAGCCAAAUUUUCUCAAUCUGUUGGGGAAUCUGAAGACAGUUAAACUGUACAACUUCAUGAGUGAUCUGGAUGUACACACGAGUACUAAAACUGAAGAAUUGCUUGAGAAGCUACAAAAUGAGAUGAAUUUUCUGAGAUUCUUGCUGAAGAACUCAAAGGUGUUGGAGAAAUUGAUCAUUACAACCUGUAAGGGUGUCGACUUUGGCAAGUCAGAAAGUAAGAAGCUAAAGCUGAUGUUCCUGCUUACUCAGGAGUUGCUAUCAUUCCCUAGAGCCUCUCGAGAUGCUCAAAUAUCUUUCAGCUGAAAACUAGAUUAACUAUACAUGUUUUCAGUUGCCACAUUUUUGUUUUAAAAAUUUGAUGCUCGUCAGUUUUAUCUUGAUAUUAGUACUUGGGGCAUAGGCAGUAAAUAAAUGUCUGAAGUACUUGUGACACCUACAAAUAUAAGAAGUGUACUGAAACACUUGCACCUUGUAAGUGUCUCAGACCUGCAAUAUGUUUGUUGGUGUCAUGGACUUUUAUCCUCCUAAUUUAGUGGUUUUGUCUGCGUUAUAAUUUUCCUUGGAAUAAGCAAGUGCACUAUUGUGUAUUGAAUGAAAA